UCUAUUGUUCCUCGUGUCACUUUUAGAAUAGGCCCACGUCUCUUCAUGGCUUCACCCACAAUCCUCUUCCCCUCCACUUUCCUACAACUCUGCCGCUUUAUUAACAACUCUUCUUUUCUAUUUUGUGUUGCUGCAUUAAUGGGGUGCUAUUAGCUGAGUUUUUCUGCAAGAAAAGAGAAGGGAAAAUGAGGCUGUACGUGUAUUUGUUGGAGGGGAGAGAUUGGGCGGUGAAGGACUCUUAUGUGAAGCUACGACUCGGGAAGUACAAGUCCAAGACUAGAGUUUUGAGGAACAAUGAAAACCCAUUUUGGAAUGAGGAGUUUGUGUUCAGGGUGCAUGAUUUGGAUGAUGAGCUCGUGGUGUCUGUGUAUAGAUAUGAUGAUCAUGAACCCGGAUUCUUUAAUGUUUCUGCUGGGGAGUUGGUGGGUCGGGUCAAGAUUCCUGUUUGGAGUGUUGCGACUGAGGAGAAUCUGAGCUUGCCCCCGACUUGGUUCUCUGUUGAGCGGCCUAAGAGUGUGAAAUCAAACAAUAACGAUUGUGGUAAACUUCUUCUAGCCCUGUCUCUGCAUGGAAAAGACCGGGUCACUACAACUGACCAUCCUUUCUUUGUACAAUCAAGUCCCGAGAGCAAUAAUUUGUUACAGCGGAAUGGUAAAGGCACCUCAUCUCCUGAUGCUCAGGCAUCUGCUGCUCCAUCCAGAAAGACACUGGAGGGGAAACCAUUGAUGAAAGCACUUGCUGGUCGUUUGGAGAAGUUAUUGAAUAAGAAGGAGCAAACAUCACGGGUUGACAAUUCCUCUGAGUUGUGCACUUCAUCAGAUUAUGAAGAUUCCCUGGAGGAAUCUCCUAGCAACUCCAGCUUUGAAGAGUUGAUCGAAUUUGUGCAGUCCAGGAACGAUAACAUUGAAAUGCCAGAGAAUCUGCAGAGUGGCGUCCUUCUUGAUCAGACUUAUGUGGUGUCCCCAGAGGAUCUUAAUAUGGCUCUCUUUGCUCCCAAUUCUGAGUUAGGAAGAAAUUUGGCUGAGUUGCAGGGAACAACAGAUUUUCAAGAGGAACCGUGGAAAUGGAAAUCAGAUGGCAUAUCAUGUUUGAGGAGGGUCGUCUCAUAUACUAAGGCAGCAACUAAAUUAGUUAAGGCUGUCAAAGCCACUGAAGAGCAAACCUAUCUCAAGGCAGGCCGUAAUGAAUUUGCUGUUCUUGUUAAUGUGAGUACUCCAGAUGUUCCAUAUGGAAGUACUUUCAAGAUUGAAUUACUUUAUAAGAUAAUGCCAAGUGUGGGGUUAUCGUCGGGAGAGGAAUCUGCCCGUCUGGUUGUAUCUUGGGCUAUUAACUUCAGUCAAAAUACCAUGAUGAAAGGAAUGAUUGAAGGUGGAGCUAGGCAGGGUUUGAAGGAGAGUUUUGAGCAGUUCUCCAGCUUAUUAUCUCAAAGAUUCAAAGCGAUAAGAGCUGCAGAUAUGUUGGACAAAGAUCAGGUGUUGGCAACUCUAGAGACAGAGCACCAGUCUGAUUCAGAAUUGGUGAUUCCAUACUUUAGGAAUUUCACAAUGGUCUCAACUGUUAUUAUAUUGUUAUAUGUUCUUGUUCACAUUUUUCUCUGUGAACCAAGCAAGCCACAUGGAUUAGAAUUUCAUGGGCUUGAGUUACCAGACAGUUUUGGAGAACUUAUCACCUGUGGCAUAUUGGUCAUUCAGUUGGAGCGAGUUUAUAAUAUGAUUUCACAUUUUGUCGAAGCUAGGCUACGAAAAGGAAACGAUCAUGGAGUCAAAGCACAAGGUGACGGAUGGAUUCUUACAGCAGCUUUGAUUGAAGGGGUGAACUUAGCCUCGUCAAAUCAGACAGAGAUCCCAGAUCCUUAUGUUGUGUUCACUUGUAAUGGCAAGACGAGAACAAGCUCCGUCAAGCUUCAAACUCGUGAUCCUCAAUGGAAUGAGAUACUCGAGUUUGAUGCCGUAGAAGAUCCCCCUUCCGUGUUGGAUGUGGAAGUUUUUGAUUUUGAAGGCCCGUUUGACCAAGCUUCUUCCCUCGGGCAUGCUGAGAUCAACUUCUUGAAGCACACAGCUGCCGAGCUUGCUGAUCUGUGGGUUCCUCUGGAGGGGAAACUUGCUCAGUCUUCUCAGUCGAAGCUGCACUUGAGGAUUUUCUUGGACAACAAUAAUGGAGUAGAGACAAUUAGAGAUUAUCUGGCGAACUUGGAGAAGGAGGUUGGAAAGAAGUUGAACCUCCGGUCACCUCACAGGAAUUCAAAUUUUCAGAAAAUCUUCGGAUUGCCUCCGGAAGAAUUUCUCAUCAGUGAUUUCUCGUGCUCUCUGAAGAGAAAGAUGCCGUUGCAGGGCCGGCUUUUUCUUUCUGCCAGAAUUGUUGGAUUCUAUGCAAACUUGUUCGGACACAAAACUAGAUUUUUCUUCCUCUGGGAGGACAUAGAAGAUAUUCAGGUGCUGCCACCAUCUCUUUGGACAGUUGGAAGCCCCUCACUUGCAAUAAUUUUGCACAAGGGUCGAGGCCUUGAUUCCAGGCAUGGAGCCAAGAUUUUAGAUGAGGAAGGAAGACUUCAUUUUUACUUCCAUGCUUUCGUUUCUUUCAAUGUUGCAAGCAGGACAAUUAUGGCCUUAUGGAGAACAAGAACACUUGAACCUGAUCAGAAAGCUCAAAUUGCAGAGGAGCAGCUCGAUGAUGAUGGGAAGCCUUGUCUGCUCGAAGACACCGGAUCCUACUUGGUUGUCGAAGAUGUAAAGAUGACCAAAGUUUAUACUAUGGAACUGCCUAUGAAUCUCAAAUCGCUGAUGAAGAUGUUUGACGGAGGAGAGCUGGAGCACAGAGUGAUGAGCAAGUCUGGUUGCCUCAACUACAUCACAACCACAUGGGAACCGGCGACCUCAGAUGUACAAGAACGACGCGUAUGUUACAAGUUUAGCCGUCGGAUCUCAAUCUUUGGAGGAGAAGUCACCUGCACACAGCAAAAAUCUCCAUUACCCAAUGAUGGUGGAUGGGUCGUCACUGAGAUCAUGACCCUCCACGACGUCCCAUUCAGCGAUCACUUCCGAGUACAGUUCCGAUACCAGAUUGAGAAAUCUUCUUUCACCCACAAUUCCUGCAAGUGUGAUGUUUACAUAGGAGUAAUGUGGCUAAAAAAUACCAAGUUUGAGCCCAGAAUAACGAGGAACGUUGUCGGGAAGUUCGCCCAUCGGUCAGAGGAAAUACUGCAGUUGGUAGAGCGAGAGGUUUUGCUAACGAGUCAAUAGUGAUACAGGCAUUUCAUCCAACGAUUGGAUGUAGCAAUUUAGACCUCUCAGGAUGUUUUGCUAAUAUCGUAUUGGAUUUUCUAUUUCUAAUUCUAUUGUAUUUUUAUUUCAUUUAUCACAUGUACAAAUCUCCUCUUAGGAAAGAAAAAAAAAAAAAAAAGAUGACAACGUUAUUUUUGUACAUAUA